CUUGACUCGAGCAGUAGAGCAGAGCACCUCACUCGCGUGCACAAAUCUCACCGAUGGGCUGCGGCGACAGAGAAACCACGACGGCGGUGCGGCCGCCGUGGCGCCGGAGGCACGGCUGGCAGCUCCCCCUCCACCCGCUCCAGCUGGUGGGGGUGGCGGUGUUCGCGCUCCUCGUCGCCGCGUUCUACUUCGUCCUCGGGCCCUACCUCGGCAGCACCGUCGCCGGCGACACCCUCCUCGCCGCCUUCUCCUUCUCGGCCGCCGCGGCAGCGGUUCUCUACGUGCGAUGCACGGCGGUGGACCCCUCCGACCGGACGCAAGCCAAGAAGGCGAAGCGGAGGCGGCAGCUCGCGAGGGGCGGCGGCGGGGGGAGGCUGCCGAGGCUGCGUUACGGGUACAUCCUGUGGCGGUACGCGGUUCGGGUGCUCCAGCGGGUAGAGGCGCGGGUGACCAACCGGUGGGUGCGGAGGAGCUACCUGGAGCAGUGGAACACCAGCGUCCAGCUCGACCCCAUGCUCCCCUUCGCAUUCACCAGCCUCGAGGACAUCGUCUCGCCGUGCGCUGCAGCUGAGGGGCACGACAUCUCGUUCUGCCCAAUCUGUGACUGCGAGGUGAAAUUGCGCAGCAAGCACUGCAAGACCUGUGACCGCUGUGUUGAUGGAUUUGAUCACCACUGCAGGUGGCUGAACAACUGCAUUGGGAGGAAGAACUACGCAACAUUUAUUCUGCUCAUGUUCUUUGUCCUGUUGAUGCUUGUUAUCGAGGGCGGAACAGCAAUUGCAAUCUUCGUUCGUUGCUUUGUCGACGGUAAUGGGGUGAAAAUGGAGAUGGAGCACAGGCUGCACAUAAGACUCCCAAAAGGAGCUCAUGCAGCAUUAUCUAUGGCAUUUGCCAUCUUCGCAUUAUACAGUACUGCAGCGUUGGGCCAGCUCUUCUUCUUCCACAUCGUGCUUAUCAGAAAGGGAAUGAGGACCUACGACUACAUCCUUGCUAUGAGGGAAGCGGGACAAGCAUUUGAUCCAUUUGAUGAUUCCGAUUCUGAUGAGAGCAUCGAUUUUGACUCACCAGAAAGGCCAUCUUUCCUGUAUAGGAUGUUUUGCAGAAAAGAUGAAGUGAAUGAAAGUGCCAGGAGGCUGUCCGUAAGGAUCGAGAACGACCACGGUGAUGCAUCAAGAAGAAAAGAUGACAUCCAGAUCAACACGUGGACGUUGAUCAAGAUGAGCAAGGAGAAGGCAAUGGCAGCCGCCGAGCGCGCACGCGAGCGUAUCCGGCAGAAGCUGCCAACCUCACCGAUGAAACCACUGCCACUGGAGACGAAGCGAGGCCCUCUCAACCCAGAGAGGAGGCACAUCACGACAGGGAAGGAGAUCGUGCCGGUCUUCACCAAGAGCUGGCUGUCAGGGUCUCCCACGGCGAGGAUCACGAGCCCGAGGAGGCGGUUCUCCGGGUCGCCGUCGCCGAAGCUUCAGAGGUACAGGAGCAACUUCGACCUGAGGCUGGCAGAGGUGUCGAAGGAGCUCGAGACGCACGUCUCGAAGCAGGUCCUGUGCUCUGUCGUCAUUAAGGGCGCCGAAGACGAAGGCUCUUCGUCGUGAUUUAGGAAUUAGGAUUCUGUUUAGUUCAUAAGAUUCGUUGAAUUUUUUUGCUUCCCAAACUCUGAGAAUGGUGUGUUGUGCUUGCUUAGCCCAUGCACACCGUAUUCUCAGGUUUGUUGCUGCCAGUGCAUACUUAAGUAUAUGUUGCUGCUGCGCUGUCCAUUCUCUGAACAAUUGAGUACAGCAAUGUGAUGUUUCUUUUGCAUGGGGUAAAUGAAUUUCUGUUAGCAUGAUCUGUCUUGUGGUCUUGUUAUCUCCACUUUAUGGCGGCUUCAACUGUAGAUUUCUGAUAAACAAGUACAUCACUUCGUCAGUAACCUGUGUACUUCAGUCUCACA